CGGCGCGCACCCUCGCUCCUUCUCCGGCCGCUCUUGCAGCGAGAUCAGCCGCGUCGUCCGCGAGGAGCGCCCGGAAGCGGGACCGUCAGGUCCCGGGAACGGAUACCUGGCUGGAGAGCCGAUCGCCAGGUAACCCGGCAGCGGAGCCCGCCCUGCCCCAGCCAUGGAGGUGAUCUCGACGCGCAGGUACGAGGCUCGCCCCCCUGGCGCCCUGGGCGAGCCGCCCUCCGCUGCCUCCGCCCGGGCCGAGGCCUCGGUCGCCACCGUCAAGGAAGAGGAAUGGGAGACCCGGAAGAAGAAGGAGAUCACGAGGACGCGCCAGAUCGAGACCAGGGUCAAGCGGCAGGUCGUUCUCGAGGACGGAGAGGUGGUCGUCGACUCCGGUCCCCUCGUCACCACCAACACCACCGAGGACGUCGAGCAGCAGGAGCACACCACGCAGGAGCGCCGCACCACCGCCGACGAGCCGAGGACCCUCGAGUGGCCGGUCGCCGACCUGGUGCACCGGGAGCUGAACCGGGAGACCGUCGUCCGUAGCCACGAGGAGACCGAGGAACGCCUCGAGACGGAGGAUCGCCGGCAGCUCGGCGACAUCACCGACGAGGCCUACCAGCGGGCGAUCCGCGCGAACCGCACCGACCUCAGGGCGGCCCUCCAGGAGUCCUCCAAGGAGCUCGCCCCCCAGACCGGGCCCAGGGUCCUGCGCCACACCACCAAGUCCAACAAGGUCGUCGACACCGAGGACACCUUGGAAAAGAAGGAGCUCAAGGCGGACGGCCUCGUCGUCACCGAGACCAACAAGACCGUCGAGCACGAGGAGAUCAGGGACGACGAGCUUCCGGACGACGGCCGACCCGACGAGGACGUCGAAAAGGAGACCAGGAAGGAGGGCUCCCAGAGGUUCGUCAAGACGAGGGACGAGGACGUCGUGGACUACGUCUCCGGGGGCGAGAAGAUCGCCAGAGAGACGCGCUUCGUCUCGGAGACGACGGAGGGCGAGCGGGCGGGCAACUGGCCGCCGACGACGACCAUGAAGACUACUCGCCUGCACAAACACGGAUUUCCCGCGGACGCAGCGGCGGCCUCGAGGAAAGACGCGCUCACCAAGAAGCCCCUGGACCUCGAGGAGGAGGACGAGGCCAGGAAGUUCGAGACCUCCAAGUGGCUGGAGUGCCACUUUGGGAGCGACUCUCGAUCCUCCCACGACUCCGAGGCCGAGGAACCUCCCGUGCAGACCGGGACCAACACCAGCUUCAUCAACGUCACGAUGAAGUCCUGCACCCCGAGGGACAGGGAAUAUCGAGGGGUCGCACACUUUCAGCGUCCUCAGCCCAGAGGAAGUCGAGAUUCGGCCUCGCCCUCCGGGUACUACCACGGCAUCAGCGAGUGGUCCGAGAGGUACCAAGGAGUCGAAAAGAGGAACGACCAGGCCAGGUCCGCGUCCCCGACGUUCUACGUGUCGGAAGGUCCAAAGAGCAACGGGUACCUCCAGGAGAACUCGAGGACGCAGGAGUCGAGCUACUCGCGCGGCUUCGAGUCCUCUCGUCGCUCCCAGGAGCGAAAACCGUCCCCCCAGGAGGCUCCCUCCCCGCCCCUCCGCAGGAGACCCAGGGAACAGGUGCGCCCCGGGGAGGGAAAAAUUUGUUCUCGUCCUGGAUACCACUUGUUCGACUCGCAGGUGACGGAGAGGCAGGAGAAGGGCGCGUACGAGUCCUCGGGGCGAACCGCCAGUCCGGUCCACGUGGUGCAGAGGACCUGGGAGAGCCGCACUCGAGACGCGCGGAACGAGGCCGUGCAAAGGGAGCCGCAUGGAUACAGUCCUCGGAAGUCACCUCCGAGGUCGAGGUCGGCCUCUCCCCUUCCUCCGGUUUCAGGGCGCAGAGAGAAGGUUUCCGAGGACUCCGGGGCACCUCGCGCCUCGAAGAGCUCCGGCCAGUCCAAGUACAAGAUCGGCGAGUCCUUCCGGAAGCUGGUGGGCAAGCUGCGCUCGGCGAGCUCGGAGAGGAGAAACAAAAAGGCGUCCGACGGCGAGUCCUCCGCUCGAGUAGCCCGGACCGACCGGGAGGACGGGCCGACCUACUUGCAGUACAACGUUGUAGACGGGAACAUUCCGCUUGGGGAGGAGAGGCCGCCGCGUUCCCCGACCGCCAGAGUCUCCGCGUCCUCCAAGACAGUGGAGCGCGUCUCCCAGGAGCAGUGGACGAGGACCGAGGGAGCCGCGCCCCCCGUGCACAGAUACUACCUCGGGGAGGACCCCUUCGGAGGAAGCAUCUACGGCAGGGAGAAGGGCUACGGAGGGAUGGCCAAGCCCUCCGGGAAACGCACCUCUGGGAGAUCCCCCGCGGAACCGGGGACGAGGGUCGAAUCGAGUUCCCUGGGCCGCUUCAGCAAGUCCACCGGCAGGCUGACCGCUGAGCACGAGCGGGACGAGUUCAGGACGACGCGGACCCUCCCCAGGAAGCUGCACUCCGCGGUGCAUCCGGGGUCCAGUCGGCGCUCGCCGAACGCCACCUCUACCGGCGUCGGGAAGAGCGUCCCGUCCGUCCCGGCUGGGUCCUCGGUCCCCUCGGGUCAAUUUGGAAGCAUGAUCAACAUCAGCAUCAAGAACACCGUCACCUCGCCCGUGGCUUCCAAGCCGGGGACGAGUGCGCGCUGUCCCGAGAAACCCGAGCGCGCCUACAAGUCCUCCAUCGCUCGCAGUAAAAGCUUCAACGUCGAGGCGAGCAGGAGCGGUCCCGAGGAGGCCCCGAGGAAGUCCACCUCGCAGCUGAAUCGACUGGACGAGACGCCGCCCCUCAAGAGCCCCGGCAUCCUCGCCAGCAUCAGCAGGAGCAACAGGGACCUCUUCAAGGCCUCCAAGUACGAGUACUGAUCGGGUACCGAUCGAGUCGCUCUCUUAUUUAUAAUUACCGUAACGACCGUAACGAACCGUAACGUUAACGCCCCUUUGACGUACUCUAGCUUCACGUGUGUCGGGGGUCCCUCUUCCGGGUGGGCCCGACCUGUAAUCCUUGUAACUAAAACCCACUGACAACCGUUUACGUCCUCGAGCGUACUUAACGUUAAAUCGAGAGGAGACCUCGAGCAGUUCGGCGGGAAGGAACUGGCCGGAUUGCGAGAAUAAAUUACAGUUUAUACGAUGCAUCAUAA